GCGUGCUCUUUUUUUCUUCUCUAUUUCCUACUUCUCCCACGUCUAUCGCCUAGAAUAACAUUCACUACACUGUCUUGGCUACCGGCACCUCAUCUUGCGGCAAAGCGCCCGCUCAAUCUCUUCCAUCCGCUCAACCUCAACAUGUCCUUCCUCAGCCGCUUCAAUCCCACCCCGACGUUUCCCUCCUACACGGGCCCAUACAAGGUCGGAUCAGUGGACGUGGAGAUUCCAGCCACCGACCUGGCUUCUCCCAGUCCUGCACCGCCUUCUGCACCAUCUACAGUUGCAUUCCGCAUCUUCUAUCCCUGCGAAGCAGGCUCGAAUGAACGCCCAAUCAGGUGGAUACCAAACCCUCAGCGAGGUUAUGUGUCGGCGUAUGCGCGCUUUCUAGGCGCCAAUUCCGCUUUAUCUCACAUAUUUUCAGUAUUCCCCCAGCUGCUCUAUUACGUCUCUUUGCCUGUUUCUCGGAAUGCUCGGCUUCUCGAACCCCCCACGAAAACCGAACGAUGGCCCGUUAUCAUAUUCUCGCACGGUUUGGGAGGCUCCAGGAACGCAUAUUCGCAUUUAGUGGGCUCCCUGGCGAGUCACGGAGCUGUGGUCAUUGCUCCCGACCACCGGGAUGGAAGCGCGCCCAUAUCAUACGUGAGGGAGACAGAGAACACGCCGGCUGCGACCGUUGACUAUCGCCGGAUAGCCCACAAGCCGUCGCCGGAUGUGUACGAGCAGCGAAACGAGCAGUUGCGAAUCCGAUUAUGGGAACAGGGCAUGGUUUUCGACGCUCUACUCAAGAUUGAUGAAGGCAAAGUGGUGAACAACCUGGACCCAAAUCAUAGCACAAAAAGCCGGAAGCGCGAACGCUUUGAGGUCCUUUCAAUGUUCAAAAACAAGCUCGAUGUGCACCGGCCAGGUGCUAUAACUUGGGCUGGUCACAGUUUCGGGGCGACAACGACAAUCCAGCUUGUCAAAUCUACAUUUUACCACGCAUCUGCUGAUGAGAAGGAGGGCUACGUGCCUCUUUUCACACCCUCCGCGUCUUCAGAAAUCGUUAAACAAAUCACACCAGCGUCACCCGUCAUGCUAUUGGACUUGUGGUGUCUCCCCCUCCAGGGACCUUCUACCAGCUGGCUCAGGGAUAAGCCUAUGCCUUGCUACGCGCCCUCCGGCCCAGGCGGCACAGCUCUCCUCGCUAUCGAGAGCGAGGCGUUCUUCAAGUGGCAGGUCCAUCUAGAAGAGACAAAACGCGUCCUCUCUGAGUUCCCAGGGUCCAAUCCACCAGUCCAUACGAAGCCCGGUCCCCGAUUCUUCUAUCCCAUUUCCUCCGCACAUCUCUCGCAAUCCGACUUCGGCAUUCUGUUCUCGUGGGUCACAACCAAGGUGUUUGGCGCCAAAGAACCAGAGCGAGUGCUUCGACUUAAUGUACGUGCCAUGCUACAGGUCAUGCGAGACUGCGGGGUAGAGGUUGCAGAUACGAGUCGUGUCGAUAUGGAAGAGACGGGUGAAGUUGCUGCGACUGGCAAGGCGCAGGAUUGGAAGAUCCUAGAGCCGAAGGCUGGCACUAUCGCGGGUUGGAUCCCGCUGACUACAGACCUGGAUUCUAAUGUUGCGAAAGAGAAGAUCAGCGAGGCGCCGUCGGAUGCUGUUGUUGAAGGCGAAGUUAUGGGGGAAAUGACUGUAGAAAAUGGUAAGAGGGAAGCUGCGUAAUAGACUAAGCAGCGUGAACAUUUGGCACCUUGCGGCAUUGGAUAGGCGUUAUAUUAUGAAUCUGACGGAUACCUUACCUGUAGACAGCUGGCAUACCAUCGCGAACGGUAGGUAAGCACAAGCACUAGAUCUCUUCACAUAAUUUAGAUACUUAAAGGUAACGAUUUUCUGCCAU